AUGCCCGAACAGAGUGAGGAAAAGGAACCUGAAACAGAGCAUGCUCAAAUUGAAGGGAUGACUUUGGAUAGUGCCAUGGAACCUUCUAAGAUGGUAGAGGAAGUUUGGCGGAAGGUCUCGCCUGAAAAAGCUGGGAGACACUCCGAGAGCAUAGAACAAAUCACAAAUGUGGGAAUUUCUCCUUCCCGGUUUUCGGUGUUGGAAGAAACAGAGGAAUCAAAUGAUCACAUAGGUGAGGAGGAAGGUGAUCAGUUGGAAGAAGGAGAAGUACUAGUUCAGAACAACAGUCCAAAAGAGAAGGGUAAACCGAAGGUAACCGAGGAGCCAAGUACUUGUGCUUGUUCAAAUCGGAUUAAGAAAGGAACAAAUGCAAAGGCGUUAGAACCAUAUAUUCAAGCUGCAAAACCGAUUCCCCCAAAUGCCAGUGGCAAGAGGGGAAAAAAACAAUAA